UGAUCAAGAGUUUGUCAAUGGGCUGCUGCUGAUGCCCUUACUCCUGCGAUGGGAGGAGGACUGGGAUGCUUGCUGUGGUCCUCCGAGAUCCCACAAUGCUCUGGUGUUCUCACGUGUUGGGAUCGAUGUUGGUGUAGCUGGUGCUCGGUGAGACUGAUAAAGAAGAAUGGCAAAAAGCUUAAGAAGUAAGUGGAAGCGGAAGAUGCGGGCAGAAAAGAGGAAAAAAAAUGCACCAAAGGAGCUUGCGCGGCUGAAAAGUAUACUAGGAGCAGAUGGCAGUGGUGACAUUAGUAUGAACGAUAUUAAAGAAGUUGCAACUGUGGUCCCAUGUGAAAAACUCAAACAGAACCCAGCCACAGGAGAUAAUGAUGGUGCAUCGACUAUGGAUAUAGAUAAGAAAAGAAACAAGAAGACUCUUUUGGAUGAACAUGGACAGUAUCCAGUAUGGAUGCAUCCUAGGCAAAGAAAGAAGCUCAAGCAGCAACUGAAAAUGAAGGGGAAAUCAAAACAUCCAAAGGGGCUAGCUUGGUAGACUUGUAAUAAAAGAUAAUAUACAAGGACUCAAUCACAGUUAUGUUUCUAAAGAGACUCUGGAAAAAAAUAUCAAAUUUGGAAAAAUAGUGGAUACUCCAAAUAUUUUAGGUAUGCUGACUGAGGGAGUGUUACAGUACAAUGCUUUUAGAAAUGUAUACUACAACACUUAGAGUAUGAUAUGCUGUAACUUCGUGAAGACUCUUGAGCUGCAACCUGUUUAGAAUAAGGGGUUACCGUCAGCAUUAAAAUGACAUAAUUUACACAGCAAGUUUAGCAUCAGCUGAUGCUUCAGUUGUAAUGUAAAUACAGCACAAAAUGUUACACCGAACAUAAGUAGGAUUCUGGCAAGUAAUUUAAUCAAUUAAUUUAAUUGAAGUUUGCUGAUAAUUCAGCCUGUAUGAAAACAAAAAGUUGAUUGUCUUACAUUUGGUCUGAAAUUUCAGAUCUUGCUCUGCUGCAGGCUACUAUUAUGGUUUCAGCAACAAGUUAAAUCCUGGAAUGCAUACAUGAAGACUACAUAUAUUUUCUGGAAAUUAGGAAACAUUGCUCAAAAGAUAGGCUGGAUUCUGAGUCAUUCGAAUUGUACUUCAAAGCGGGCAAAAUUGAGAUGUAGCUAGAAACAGUUUUUUGAGUAUUUUUAAUUUUUCCAUUAACUAAGAUCUAUUUUGUGUACAUCUUACGCUGAUUAUGUAGGUGGGGAAAAUAUCCUGAGAUGAUUAAACAAUGAAAUAUCUAAACUUCAUUUACAGAAAUCCAGGUAGCUUUGAAAAAGCUGUUUAUAUUUCUAUUUUCAAUUUGUUAGUAUUAUAGUGUUAAAUUUAAUCUACAGUUUAGGUACCACAUAGCUGUGACUUUUAAUUCUAUGACCGAUGGUGAGGUUCCCUCACUAAUGUUAUUUGUAUGUCUCCUCAACACACCAUUUUUUUGAAUAACAAAUAUAUAGUACUUAACAAUGUGCCUAAAAAUACAGACUUGUCACGAAUGUUUGUGGGUUUAAGUUCCAUUGUGAAAUUCUUUCCAAGCUACUGUUUGCAAAAAUAAAAGCCAGCAAUAAACUCAUUGCAAAAUUA